CUCGGUCAAGAUCGGAGGAAUCAACAGACCAACGUCCGUGUUGUGCGCCCUGAGUUUCGGUUUGAUUCGGACGGUGGUUUUGAAGCUUUCCUUGGAAAAGCUGAGGGGCGCGUUGUAGCAGCGCUUGCUGCCUACGACGUUAUGACCCUGCCGUUUGAUACUAACCUCUACGCUAAGCCAAGUCAAGGUGCCGCUCAACAGGCCUGGGUGACCUUAACCGAGUCAAACUGGACUAUCAUCCUCGACACCGUGACAGCCAACUUUCAGCGG